GAUCUCUCUCAUCAUUCGUCCGUCAGCGUCAGCAAGCGAAGAUAACUGGAAAAGAUCCCCAAAAACAUUCGUCCCUCGCGUCGCGCUGCAACUUCUUUUAUCCGGCUGCCCGUUCCAGAAGUGAAAAAAGACGUACACGUAGACAAUCGAGUGCAGGUAUUUUAUCCAUAUCGCGGUGGUGCUGUCGUCAUUUUAGGCACCCGGAUAUCUCGUUCCUUCGGGAAGAAAGUGCUGUGAAAUAGUUCGUUUUAGCUGCGUGCGGAAACCGUCGGAAUGCGGGUAACCAACAUCCGCCGGGGUCGAAUCGCCCGGAUUGCCGUCACCGUUGUGAUCUUGGUUUUGAUCCUGUACAUGAUCGCGACCUGGUCCGGCGUUGACCAUCGAACGGUGAAAGAUGCGUACAAUUCGCGAUUCGCUGCCAAGCUGACCGGGAACCAAGGAGGCCACCGGGCCCAGCAGGAUCAUCGGAACGAGUUCCCGGUGCUGAUCGAAGGACUGGGCAACUUCGAACCGAAGGAAGUCGAUCGUCGUGAUGGCCCCGGUGAAGGGGGCAAGGCCUACAUUCUGCCGGAGGAUCAGCAAAAUCGGGCCUCCGAUGCGGAGAUGGAAUAUGGCAUGAACAUUGUAGUUUCGGACACAAUUUCCUUAGAUCGAACCAUCCGGGACACCCGACUGGAGGAGUGCAAGCACUGGGACUACCCGCACAAUCUGCCCACGACCAGCGUGAUCAUUGUGUUCCACAACGAGGGCUUCUCGGUGCUGAUGCGAACUGUCCACUCGGUCCUGAACCGCUCACCGAAGCACGUCCUGCACGAGAUCAUCCUGGUGGACGACUUCUCCGACAAGGAAGACCUCAAAGAAAAGCUGGAGAACUACAUUGAGAGGUUCGAUGGCAAGGUGAAACUGAUUCGGAACGUCGAGCGGGAGGGUUUGAUUCGGACAAGGUCUCGAGGGGCCAAGGAAGCCACCGGGGAAGUUAUCGUGUAUUUGGAUGCCCACUGCGAGGUGAAUACGAACUGGCUGCCUCCGCUGUUGGCGCCCAUCUAUCGGGAUAGAACCGUGAUGACGGUGCCGGUGAUUGAUGGAAUUGACCAUAAGACGUUCGAGUACCGGCCGGUGUAUGCGGAUGGGCAUCAUUACAGGGGCAUCUUCGAAUGGGGCAUGUUGUACAAGGAGAACGAGGUGCCUCGCCGGGAGCAGAAACGCCGAAAGCACGACAGCGAACCCUACAAAAGCCCGACGCAUGCCGGCGGUCUCUUUGCCAUCAAUCGUGAGUUCUUCCUCGAAAUCGGCGCCUACGAUCCGGGUCUGCUGGUCUGGGGCGGAGAGAACUUCGAGCUGAGCUUCAAGAUCUGGCAGUGCGGUGGCAGUAUCGAGUGGGUCCCGUGCUCCCGAGUGGGCCAUGUGUACCGUGGCUUCAUGCCGUACAACUUUGGCAAGCUGGCCAACAAGAAGAAGGGACCACUGAUCACGAUCAACUACAAGCGAGUCAUCGAAACGUGGUUCGAUGAGCAGUACAAGGAGUACUUCUACACUCGGGAACCUCUGGCACGGUUUCUGGAUAUGGGUGAUAUCAGCGAACAGUUGGCUCUGAAGGAACGCCUGCAGUGCAAGAGCUUCCAGUGGUAUAUGGACAACGUUGCUUACGACGUGUUGGACAAGUAUCCGGCACUUCCAGCCAACUUGUUCUGGGGAGAGCUGAAGAAUUCCGGAACGGAGAAGUGCGUCGAUGCGCUGGGUCGUCAACCUCCGGCGAUGAUCGGACUACAGCACUGCCAUGGCCAGGGCCAUAAUCAGUUGAUACGGUUGAACGCCGCUGGGCAGUUGGGUGUUGGGGAGCGGUGUAUCGAAGCGGACAAUAUGGGCAUCAAAUUGGCCUUCUGCCGGAUGGGAACGGUCGAUGGUCCGUGGCAGUACGACGAGAACACCUCCACGCUGCUGCACCGGACGUACAAAAUGUGCAUGGGAUACCAUCCGCAAACGCGAGCCCUGGCACUGAUGCCAUGCGACGUGCACAAUGCAUAUCAAUCUUGGAAGUUCCACACCAUCACUCCGCGGUGGUAGUCGAAUGGCGGAUAGUUCCGUCCGGGCUCGACGCUGCACAACAUUCCAGAUCACACCACGGAACGGGCUUAAGCUCUUCACCGACGAUAGGUGGGGGCGGUGUCGACAACCGCCUACGUGAAGAACUUAGCCUACGUUCCUUUCUCAGCUGACUAACACUUGUACAUAAACGUAAGAAACUGUUUAGGAACUUUUUUAAGGCGAUCCUCGUCCGCCAAAACUGUUACACAGUAAAGCUGCAAUACUUGGGAAUAGCGAUUUGCCAAAAUGACUUAAAAUUUCCGGAAAAGGAGCAAUCACUUAAUUUAUCGAUCGAUUCAAUUUGAAACAGUAGGAUAUGUUACCCCCAAGGCAGUGCACAGUGGAAAAAAGUCCGACCCAUAUUCGGAACUUGUUUUGUGUCUUUGGUUUCACACCUUUCAAAAACCAGCGUCACGAAAUAAGUGCGAUUAUGGCUAGGAUUUAGCCCACUAAGCAAUGACCUGUUUGUCGUGCAAAAACCGAACAAAUUAUUAGCGGUACAAUUAAAGCGCGUACGAUCGCGUGUGCCUUCUUUUACAGUUGACAAAAAUUCCGCUGACGGAGGAUUGCAACAUUUUUUUUGUUAUUAAGUUGAGGUACCGUUUGUGUUGGAAUGCAGAACCUUAAAUUGUGAAAUCAAAAGAUUGACUGAAUUUUGUGUUAGUACGAUACACCCGUGUGCUCCAUUACAAUACGAUACAAGACUUCCUCAUUAUCAAUAACUCAAUAGUGAGAUACUGGUACAUCACGCCAGCCCCGAUUUACAACGCGGUACAGUAGCAUUUAAACUAUAAGAAUCCCACACACACAAUGGCAAUCCUUCUUGAUAUAAACUAGGAGUAUUAUCGAAGCACAUGAGCUGAUACGGAAAUGUAAA